AUGUGUUCUUCAUCUCCAUCAUCACUUCCUAUAUUAUUGGAAAAUAAUAAUAAUACAAAAUUCUUAACAACCCCAACAAAAACUCAAGAACAACAACAAUCAAAUAUUUCUUCUUCUACUCCUAUUACUACCAGUUCUUUGGUAUCCAAUUCAUCUAUUUCUACAACUAAUAAUAAUUCUAAUUCUUAUUCCUCACCAACUAACUAUUUUAAUACAUCGGUAUUUUGUGAAAAUUUUCCCAUCACCUCAAAUAAUACUUUUAAUAAAGAUAUGAAUACAAUAACAGAGAAUAUUAUUAAUGAAAAUAGUAGUAAUAAAUUAGGAAAUAUAGAAUCUGAACAUAAUAGUAGUAGUAAUGAUGGAAUAAUUAUAAAUAAUGGUGAAGAUAAUAAAUUAACUUCAACAAUAGAUACUCAUAAUAAUAAUAAUAUUUCCACAUCAACAGCUUCAUCCUGUGGGCCAACAACAUCAACAUCAUCAUCAACAACAACCUCAAAUAUACCAAAUAAUCAUAAUAUAACACAAGGAAUUCAACAAAAUUAUACAGUAGAAUACCUUGCUGAAUUAGUUAAAGAUCGUAAACAAUUACUUGCAUUUCCAGGAAUAUUUAUUCAUAUUGAAAGAUUAUUAGAUGAAGAAAUAAAUAGAGUUCGUUUUGCCUUAUUUCAAUUUGAAUUUACCAAAGAACAACUUAUUUUACCAUCACCUAUUGGUGAGGUAAUAACAGUUACGGAAAAAGUUUUUGUUCCUGUUAAAGCAUAUCCUGAGUAUAAUUUUGUUGGUCGUAUUCUUGGUCCAAGAGGUAUGACAGCUAAACAACUUGAACAAGAAACUGGUUGUAAAAUUAUGGUACGUGGUAAAGGUUCUAUGAGAGAUAAAAAAAAAGAAGAUAUGAAUAGAGGUAAACCUAAUUGGGAACAUUUAUCAGAAGAUUUACAUGUUUUAAUACAAUGUGAAGAUACUAAAAAUAGAUGUGAUGUUAAAAUACAAAGAGCUAUUGAAGAAGUUAGAAAAUUACUUGUCCCAGCACCAGAAGGUGAAGAUGAAUUAAAGAAAAAACAAUUAAUGGAAUUAGCUAUUAUUAAUGGAACAUAUAGAACAGCAUCUAAUGGUGUACCAAUAAAUGCAUUAACAAAUCAACAAUUAGCUGCUGGAGCAUUAACUUCUAGUGGUGGAUCAAAAGGACUUAAUGGAUCAGGUGUUUUAACACCAACAUUAGGUACAAUAGUUCCACAGAUUCGUUCACCAUCAUUAGUUGGAACACCAAUAGUUUUACAACAAAAUCCUACAUCAGGUAAUCGUGGUACCCCUAAUUCAGCAGCAGCUGCAGCAAUAGCAGCUCAGGCACAAAUUCAAGCAGCACAACAGGCAGCAGCAAUAAAUUUAAUUAAUCAACAUAACCAAGUAAAUGGUGCUAAUGGAGUUUUAGGUAGUGGUCAAAUAUUAACAGCAGCAGGACCACAAGUUGCAACUGAUUAUCAACAAUUAUUAUUAAAUCAUUUAGGGUAUGAUGCAUUAAAUGGAGCUGCUGUGGCUAAUGCUGCAGCUAUUCAUCAACAACAGCAAUAUGCUGCAAUGUUAAUGGCACAAAGUAGUCAAGGUUUAUUGGGUGAUUAUCAACAAUAUGAUUUAUCAGGCGCUAUCCUGCCAUCAUCACAGCGCCGUAGUAACACAUUGAAUAACAUUCCAUCUACUACUACUACAGCUGUAGGGUCUACGCCAUCGUCUUCUGUCCGUGCUGAAACUCAUCCAUACUAUCAUCCAUCUCACCAUCAUCAUGGAACUGGUACUGCUGGUAAACAAUCCUAA